AUGGCCUCGCCACAGCAGCCGCUCCCCGCGCCUACCAUCGACCUGCUUCUGAAUCUGAUCGAUACGCGGCCAAACUCCAUCCUUGCCUCGCUCGCGCAGCACCCGCAGCUCGCCUCAGCCUCGGAUGCGCACGGCUACUCGCUCGUCCACGCCGCGGCUUCCUACAACCAGCUCGACGUUCUGCGCGAGUUGAUACAAAAGUACAAUGUCGAUGUCAACAAGCUCGACGAGGAUGGCGAGUCACCGCUCUUUGCGGCCGAGCAAGGCGAGGUUGCGCGCUUUCUCGUAGAAGAGCUGGGUGCUGACUGGGGCAUCCGCAACGUUGAGGGCAAGACGGCCGAGGAAAAGAUCGCAGAAGAGGAGGGCGAGGCGCAUGAGGUGUAUCAGUACUUGCGAAGUGUGCGCAGCGGCGGACAAGUCCAGCCUGUGAGUGCCGGGAUAGUAGAGACUGAGGGCGUGCAUCCGCCGCCGCCGUUACCCAAUGGCGUGCAGAUCAACCUUGGCACCAUGGCCGAAGAUGCAGCGGGUGAGGCGCCAGACCCUGAGAUUCGGAGGCGCAUAGAGGAACUUGCAUCGCGAGACGAUUUUCAGACCGACGAGGUCCAGCGGCAGCUGCGCGAGUUGGUUUCGGAGGUGGUGACUGGUAUUGGUAACGAGCAAUCAGGCCGCGGUGUAAGGAGGAGGGUCGAGUGA